AUGGCAUCCAAAGAUCUCGCGCCCCUCACUGCGUCCUGGACACGCAUUUACCUUACGUCCCAGAUCCGUCACAACAAGAUUCCAGCGCCUACACCCGGCACUACUCUGCAUAGCAAGGCCGCUAUCGUCACUGGCGCCAACACUGGCAUUGGAUAUGAGUGUGCCCGACAGCUACUUUCUCUUAAAGUCUCCCACUUGAUCAUUACAUCACGCGACCAACAGCGCGCCACAGAUGCAGCUUCGAAGCUCAGAGCCGAGUACUCGACGGCAACCAUUGAUGCUUGGGUGCUGGACAUGUGCUCCUACGAGUCGAUCCAGGGGUUUGCCAAGAAAGCAAAUGGUCAGCUCCCCAAGCUAGACAUCGUCAUCCUCAACGCAGGUUGCUCCAAGCUCAACUUCAAUCUGAUCAACCACACGGGGCACGAGGAGAACCUGCAGGUCAACUACCUCUCUACGAUGCUCUUGACGGUACUGCUGCUUCCCAUCAUGAGAGCGCGGGCCUCGCCAGACCGCCCCGGACGCAUAUCCAUUGUCACAUCGGGCACGGUGCUUUCAGCCAAGUUUGCAAACAGAUCGAGUGUGCCGCUCCUCAAAUCCUUCGACGAUCCCAAGACAGGUCUUUCAGGCUUGGAGUCGUACGCCACGUCGAAACUCCUUGGGCACAUGUUCGUAUACAAGCUGGUCGACUAUGUGUCGCGGGACGACGUGGUCAUCAACCUGGUAGAUCCGGGAGGUACCAAAGGCACGAGUUUGGGACGAGAUCUUCCCAAAAUCGUUCAAACAAUCGUGCUCCCCGUGGCGGGAUCGAUCUCGCGAACUGUCGAGGAUGCAGCGCAUAUAUACCUCAAUGCCGCAGUUUCACGAGGCAAAGAGUCACAUGGUUGCUUUAUUAUGGACGCCGAAAUUCGACCAUUCCCACCCUUGUUGUAUACUGACGAGGGAAAGGGGGUUAUGCAGAGGCUGUGGGAGGAAACGCUAGAUGAGUUACAGUUUGCCGACGCUGGGGGCAUUAUAAAAUCCAUGCAGAAGUAG